GUAGGUGGUGCUCUUAACUUUUACUGUAUGGACUCUUGCUCAGUAGCAUGGGAGAAGAGGAAGGACUACAUCAAACACAAUUACUGGACACAAUGUUUGUGAGAGGAUUGAAGAGAAAGUGUUUUGAUGGUGAAGAAGAUAUUGAAGGAACUCUGGCUGGUAUUAAGGCUAUUCCUUCAUAUAAUCUGCAGCGGCAGUCCCUUCUAGAUAUGUCCUUGGUUAAACUUCAGCUGUGUCACAUGCUGGUAGAGCCCAACCUUUGUCGUUCGGUGCUUAUCGCCAACACGGUACGGCAGAUCCAAGAGGAAAUGACUCAAGAUGGGACUUGGCAGAUGAUAAAUACACAGAGUACAGGGCAGGCGCCGCUGGACCGUCUGGUUUCUACAGAUAUCCUCUGCCGUUCGUCUAGGGAACCAGCUGAGGGAAAGCAUGCUCCAGGCUAUAGUACUUUCAGUAAAGACUUUGAGGGUGGCCAGGCACAAGACAGCUCAGAAACUAUGUCAACAGCCUCUUCAGUGCAAGCUCCAAGAAACCUGCAGAGCAAUGUGUGGGAAAUGGAGAAUCCACAAGAAAAUAAAGGAAACUUUCAAAAGUCAUUAGAUCAAAUAUUUGAGACACUAGAGAAUAAAAGUCCUAAUUCUGUUGAAGAUCUCUUUUCAGAAGUUGACAAUUCUUACUAUGAUCUUGAUACUAUGCUAACAGGCAUGAUGAGCAACACAAAAAUGGGACACUGUGAUGGGCUUGAAACGUUUUCUUCUACAACAACUACGGCUUCUAACUCAAAUUGUAAAUCUGAUCUGAAUGAGCUUGAUCAUAUUGUGGAAAUCCUUGUGGAAUCCUGAAACUCUGUGCAGGAGAUAACGAUCUGUUAAUGGGAAAAGACUUGAGAGAGCUAUUUCCACAGUUUGGUCUAGCAAAUCUGCACGUGUAUUUUACAAAUAGCUAUAUAUUAUAUAGAUCUAUAUAUUAAAAAGCACUUCAUAUUGCAAAAUAGUGUUAACUCUUAAAGUUAACUUGCAACUUGUAGUGUAAUAAUCUGAUUUAUUGUCCAUUGAACUCUAAGUACAUAUAGUAAAUAUUUUUAAGUUUGAGGUCCAAGGCUCUUGAAAUUGGAUUCCUUUUACCAAUUUGGUUUGGCCUUUGAUGGAGGAUACACUCAGUGAGAGGGAUUCUCUCAUCUUUCUUACACUUCUCCCAGUAAAAAUGGUAGUAAAUAUAGAAGCUGGAUAACUGGUUUCCUAUUUUCCUCCAGUUUCCACUUUGGUACACCACAAAGCUCCCACCUUAUCUGCCAUUUCUGUUCCAAGUUGCUCCAUGGCUCUCGAAGAGCAAUAUGCAAUAGUUCUGUUAUCCUAGAUAGCUUGUUCUGGUUUUUGCUACAAUUUUUACUUCAAAAAUAGUUUUAAAGUGUUUAUUGGUGUUUAGAUUUUUUCAGGUAUUUUCCUAAAAUAUAUUUUUACUACAGAUGUUCUCUCAGCUGCUAACUUAGUAACUUUUGAUCAUAUCUGCAGUUGAUGUAUUUUUUGAAAGAUUUCCAAAAAGGGAUGUUUUUUUUUUUACUGUGAGCUACCCAAUGUAGUUCAGUUAAGUGUAUGUAAAUGUAAAUAUACAAUUUUAUACUUUACAUUAAAAUGUAAGAUCCAUUUUCAUUAUUCUGUUUUACAGAGUAGUACUUUACUAAAUUGAGAAUUGUACUUAUGCUUUUCAUACCCCAUAUACUUGAAUGGCUAUUAGAGGAAGAGCUUCAAUCCAGCUAGAUAAAAUUACAUUUAAUUCAUUUCAGAGCAUACUUUUUGCUAACUACAAAUUACUUAGGUGUUUAUUUAUGUGUAUUUAUAUGUAAAUGUCAUCAAGUGAAUUGUUUAUCACUGAAGUUUACCAUCCAAUAUUUGUUUAUAUGGGAUAACUAUCUUGCACUAAUUACUACAAAAAAGUGUUAUUAGCGGCCUUUAAAUCUCAACUGGUAUGUCACAAUAUCUUGGCAUAAUUAAUAUGCUCCACUCUUACCAAGGGUUUCCUCUUGGCUUGUUUUAAUAACAGAAGAGAACACAA